CAUGACGCGGGAUAAAUUUGCCACUGCACCAACCAGGACCAGAUUCGAGAAGUGAGAGAAGAAUGAACGACGGGCAUGCCGAACGCAGAGGCACGAGGGUGGAGGGGCAAGCGUAUCUGUCUUCAGUGUGGCGUGUGGCCCCUUGAAGCAUAGUCUGUCAGACACCCACAUUUGCUUCCUUAUAUACUCAGCGUUGAGUAUGAACACUUACGAGGUUUGACCGGGUUCCCCCUUUCUACCUCUACACCUCAAUUCCCGCCUUCACCAUCCACGCCGGUCGUGUCAGCUUUCUCCAACCCCCUUGUGCGCUGGCCGCACAACUUUCUCUUAUCAUUUUAUACAACCCGAGCAAAACGUCUCAAAAUGCAGAUUCUUCCAUUCCUCACCUUCACCGCUGUGGCGCUACAGGUCGUCAGCGCCGACCCGAUAUUGCUCAACCAGCGGGAUGUUGGACGACUUGAUUCAUUCGAUCAAGAUGCCAUUUCACUUCGCCGAGCGUACUUUGACCAAGAAAUUCAAGGGGUCCUCAAUCGACGAGCCCCAAGCCUACUUCCGGCGCCUAGGCCAGCCCCUUCUGCAGGAUCCAAGCCGGCAGCGCCUGCUGACACGGCGAAGACGACUCCGAACACCAACCCUAGCCCCAAGCCUGAUGCACCGAAGACGACUCCGAACACCAACCCUAACCCCAAGCCUGAUGCACCGAGGACGACUACGAACACUAGCUCUAGUACCAAGAUUGGAGUCGACAAGUCUGAGAACAACAGUGGCAGCGCUAAAGGAAACCAGGGUACGAUCUCCAACAGCAUGAACAACGUCAAGGAAAAGGACACGUGUUCAAUCUACAUCGGUUCUCGCGAUUUGACACACGUCUUCGACCCCGAAGGCGAGUUCCAGAAGAGGGAGUCCCCAAACCCUUCGACACUUAAAUGGACCCCCGCAAAGACUACGACCAACUCCCAAGGAGAGACGUUCUACCGCAGCAAUUGCUACUGCGGCUGCAAGCGCGCGUUGACCGACAUUAUUGGCACCCAAGCCCCGCUUGCCGUUCGGGGAGUACAAAUUGCUGACAUUCACGCCCGUGCGAUGAUCGCUCAGCUUGAGAGCGGCUGCUCUAUCGUCGGCGAGGGCCCUAGCGACACCAAAAGGUGGAAGGGCGCCUGUGAUACGUCCACCCUGGGCGGCCAGCCUGUCAAAUCGGUUCUUCAAGCAGCUUCUGCCAAGCGAGCGGUUGCCACUAAGGCCGAGUUGCAGCCGGGUUGCUCCAUCGUCACCAAUGCCGCCACCGGCAAGCAUCAGUGGACAGGCAGCUGCGAUGCCUCGACACUCGGCGGCAAGCCUAUCACGUCUGCUCUACCGGAGGCCGCAUAAUGCUCGGGACUAUUCGGAUAAGCACGGAGGCAGAUGCAUGCGUGAAUUGUCAGCAUCCCAUUUUUAACUGUUUAGCCAACUAAUAUGUAGGAAUACAGGGUGUCACAGGAAGGAAUUGAUAUCUGCGGAGAUUCAGCCGAU